AUGGCCGGAGACUCUAGGAUCUUCAUGAACCAGGACAUGGACAUCGGAGUUACAUCCAGAGAGCCUAAGAAGAUUCCCAAACAGGCUCGGGAUGAUGUCCCCAUUGCCACCGACCGAACCCGCCUCAUAUCAGCAGAAGGUAAAAAGCCACGUCAGCGUUACAUGGAGAAAAGCGGCAAAUGCAACGUGCACCAUGGGAACGUCCAAGAAACCUAUCGAUACCUUAGUGACCUCUUCACUACGCUGGUGGACCUCAAGUGGCGUUUUAAUCUUCUUGUCUUCACUAUGGUCUACACCAUCACUUGGUUGUUUUUUGGGUUCAUGUGGUGGCUCAUUGCCUAUAUCCGGGGAGACCUGGACCAUCUUGAAGAUGAGAACUGGAUCCCCUGUGUUGAAAAUCUCAGUGGAUUUGUUUCUGCAUUUCUGUUUUCCAUCGAGACUGAGACAACGAUUGGGUACGGCUACAGGGUCAUAACGGAGAAGUGCCCGGAGGGCAUUGUACUGCUCCUGAUCCAAGCUAUUCUGGGCUCCAUCGUCAACGCAUUCAUGGUGGGAUGCAUGUUUGUCAAGAUCAGCCAGCCAAAGAAGAGGGCUGAAACCCUCAUGUUUUCUAACAACGCAGUGAUUUCCAUGAGGGAUGAGAAGCUCUGUCUCAUGUUCCGGGUUGGAGACCUCCGCAAUUCCCACAUUGUCGAGGCUUCCAUUAGAGCCAAACUGAUUAAGUCCAAACAGACCAAAGAAGGAGAAUUCAUCCCCUUGAACCAAACGGACAUCAACGUGGGAUUUGACACUGGUGACGACAGAUUGUUCCUGGUGUCACCUCUUAUCAUCUCGCAUGAAAUCAACGAGAAAAGCCCCUUCUGGGAGAUGUCCCGCACCCAGCUGGAGAAGGAGGAGUUUGAAAUUGUCGUCAUCCUGGAAGGAAUGGUGGAAGCAACAGGGAUGACUUGCCAGGCUCGCAGCUCCUACAUGGACACCGAGGUGCUGUGGGGACAUCGCUUCACUCCCGUCCUCACCCUGGAGAAGGAUUUUUACGAAGUCGACUACAACAGCUUCCACAGCACGUACGAAACCAACACGCCCGUGUGCUGUGCCAGAGAGCUGGCCGAGUCCCGCCGGGAAGGGCAGCUCCUCAGCCACCUCCCCAGUGCCACCCUCCUGAGCGGAGGCAGAGAGGCAGAGACAGCGAAGGGGGAAGAGGAAGAGGAGGAAGAAGGCAAGGAGCCAGCAGGAUUGCAUGGAGCCAACGGGACAGCAGGAGAGGUGAAAGGUGACCUGCCUGUAUAA